GGGGGAGAAUAAUAAGAAAACAACGGAGAGAUUGGUGGGGAGAGGGUUACUGGGUGCCUGGGGUAAGACUGGGGGCAAUUACACGCAUAUUCUGGGGGUGGGAGACUGAACAAAAAGUCCCCCCCCCAUGAGGAGACGUUAGUGGGAGAGUUGGGGGCUGAGGGGGCGUCUCUCUGCACUAAGCCCCUCCGGCUGCACAGGAAGAAGCGGACAGGGAGUGGGGGCCGCACAUUGCCGGGAGCGGGUCUGUCCGUAUGUACUCACUGAGCCGCCCAUUGCCGGGUAUAGGCAGGGCCCUAUAGAGCUACAGCCCCAGGGAGCGGGUCUGUCCGUAUGUACUCACUGAGCCGCCCAUUGCCGGGUAUAGGCAGGGCCCUAUAGAGCUACAGCCCCAGGGAGCGGGUCUGUCCGUAUGUACUCACUGAGCCGCCCAUUGCCGGGUAUAGGCAGGGCCCUAUAGAGCUACAGCCCCAGGGAGCGGGUCUGUCCGUAUGUACUCACUGAGCUGCGAACAAAAGCACCGAGAUAGGAUGAGAGAGACAGAGAGACUGCACGGAUUCCUAUUGCACAGCGGAGAGACAGCCGGAGAGACAGCCGGAGGGACGACCUGGGAUUAACAGACACACAGGAUGGCAGCCUGAGAGAUCAAUGUGCCCUGUUGCCCACCCUGGUCUGGAUGUCAGGGCACCUCCCACACUGGGGCCCAAGGCGAUGCAGGAUCAUUAGUAGAGGAAAUCGACCAAUUACACGACUGCGGCGCCAUGACGGACACUAUGCAAACCCUACACUUCCAGCUGCUGCCCCCCGAGCCGGGUCAGGACUGGCCCCCCCCCUGCGAGCAGGAGAUAGAGAGGAGGUACCAGGUGGUCCCGUCCGUGGUCUGCGCCAUGUGCUGCCUCUUUGGGAUCAUUUACUGCUUUUUUGGUUACCGCUGCUUUAAGGCGGUGAUGUUCCUGACGGGUCUCAUGUUCGGUUCGGUGGUGAUCUUCAUGCUGUGCUACAAGGAGCGGGUACUGGACACCCAGCUGAGCGUGGAGGCCAGCGUUGGCAUUGGCCUGGGCAUUGGCAUUCUGUGUGGCCUGGUGACUAUGCUGGUGCGGAGCGUGGGGCUCUUCAUGGUGGGGCUGCUGCUCGGGCUGCUGCUAGCCAUAGCCUCCCUCAUAGUCAUGGAGCAGUUCUACCACCCGCGGACAGUCUGGGUGCCCGUGGCACUGUUGCUGGGCAUUGGGAUGCUCUUUGCCGUACUGACCUUGCAGUGGCAGCGGUUUUUCACCACCCUUUCCACGGCAGUGUUUGGCAGCGCCAUAAUGACAGUCACAGUCGAUUACUUCAUCGAGCUGUUCCUGCUGGUGCAGUACGUCUACCAGCGCUUGAAGGUGGCGCCCCCGCAGGCUGUCUGCUGGUACAGCUGGGUCAUCCUGGGCAUCUGGCCCGUACUCAGCCUGCUGGGGGUCCUCGUGCAGUGGAAAGUCACAGGAGAGGGCUACUCUCAUACAGAAGGUAAGUCAUGGGCAAACUUAGGGGCUGGCUAUGAGAGAGCAGACCCCACUAAGGACCAGCUAAGUAUCAGCUUGUUACACUGA